AGGUCCUGGAAGCUUUGUAUGUAGGGUUGAAAACAAUGUCCUUCACAUGUUCUUAAUGUGCGCCAAAGAGAAACGCACGAGUGGCCGGUGCACAUGUUGCCACACAAAGCAGAAAGAAUGUCAGAGCGAACACAGGCCCACGCUUCCAGCUUACUGACCUUUUGUUCCAAAUCGCAUAAGGAUGCGAUCCUUAAUAAAUUUGACACAUUGAGGAAGAGACAAAUGCUUUGUGAUAUAACCCUCAUUGUUGAAGAUGUGCAUUUUAAAGCACAUAAAGCACUGCUGGCUGCGAGCAGCGAAUAUUUCUCCUUAAUGUUCACUGCUGAAGACCAGGCCUGUCAAACCAUAUAUACGCUGGAUGGCAUGGCACCAAAGACCUUUGAAUCUGUGCUCGAGUUUAUCUACAGUGCCAGUGUGUCAGUGGAAGAGAGCAGCGCUGGACAGUUGUUUGACAUCGCCCGCUUGCUGGAAAUAAGUGAGUUAGUCAAAGCCUCUGCGGAUUUUCAGUUAAGCAAUAAAGUCUCAGCUUCAAAUGUCUGCUCGGAAGUAGGUGAUGGUGACACAAGCACAAAUGAAAUCCCUUCCAAGCGCAAAAGGGGGCGGCCCAGAAAAAACAAUAGCCCUUCGGGACCAGACUUGGUACUACUGCCCCAGGAAUCAAAUGAAAAUGAAAAAAAAAUGAAUGAGAAACAGGAUACAACUACAUUGGAUUUACCUGUGGAUUCCACUGAACCUACAUGCAACUCUAAUCCCCCUCCCAAUGACUCAGACGAUGCUGAUUAUGACCCAAGUGAGGACAGACCUCGGCAUUGCAAGCGCCAAAUACGGCAGCCGGUGAAACUAAAAAGCUACAGGCUUGGAAAUGAAAUUAGUGAAGGAAGAAUGCUAGGAAAGAGGGGCAGAAAGAGGAAAUACCCAGCUACAGUACCACGCUGUGAUGACUGCGGCAAAGUUUUUAAAAACCAUCUGUUUUUAAAAAUACAUCAGCGAACCCAUACAGGAGAAAAACCCUUCCGGUGCCAUGUUUGUGGUAACUGCUUUACACAGAAACACACCCUUUUAGUUCAUCAGCGUAUGCACACUGGAGAGAAGCCAUUUGUAUGCAACAUUUGCUCUAAAGCUUUGUCCACAAAGCACUCCCUGCAGGAACAUAUGAACUUGCAUGCAGAAAUCUUUAGUUGUGACCAGUGUGGAAAAACCUAUAGCCAGAAGAGGCAGUUAAAUAGUCAUUACCGCAUUCAUAGCGGAAAAGCGCUACCUGAAUGUGAACAUUGUCACCACAGGUUUAAGGAUGCAGCACAACUAAAGAAGCACCUGAGAACACACACAGGUGAGAAACCUUUUACAUGUGAGUUUUGUGGAAAGUGUUUUACUGCCAAGAGCACCCUGCAGACGCACAUUAGAAUUCACAGUGGAGAGAAGCCAUAUGUUUGCAACAUCUGCAGCAAGUCGUUCUCUGAUCCUAGUGCCAGAAGACGCCAUGUUGCCUCUCACACAGGGAAAAAGCCCUACAUGUGCACUGUGUGUAGUCUUUCUUUUACCCGUUUGGACAAUUUAAAAGCGCACACUAAAACUCACAAUAAAGAGCGGCCAGUUGUGGAGGGCUCACAGCCAACCACUGUGGAGGUCAUGGCAGAGAAUGAGAAGAUGCACAAUGUCCUGGAGCUGCAGCAGUACCAGAUUCCCACUCACACAGAACAGGAGAUUCAGUUAGUGGUCACCGGUGAAGUGGACAAUAUUAACCUAGUGGCAGGCCAGAAGCCAGGCAGUAUUAGUAUCAUAACUGCUGAAAAUGGUGCUGAGGAGUUGGCAUCAGCAGGUCAGACCCAUUCCAGCCUCACUCUUCUCACUCAUCCUUCUGCGCAUAUCCAGAACCUGGCUCUGGUCACUCAGGACGAACUAGACCCCAGCACACAAAUCCAGACCAUUAGUGUGGUCGAAGGCGAGGUGAGCAGUGAGCAGGCUGAGCAGAUGCAUGUUAUCACUCUGACUAAAGAAGCAAUGGAGCACUUUCAGGUUCAGCACGGUUCAGCACAGCAGCUACAAAUUAGCUCACGGCCUCUUCAGCAGCUGCAGGUGAUCCAGCAGGCUGUGCCUCAGCUUUCUGCUACACAGGAACCUCCAAGAGAGCAGCACAACCAGAGUCACACAGGUACCAUCCAUAUCAACAGCCAAGCUGGCCAGCCAAUCUCCAUCAGUCAGACAAGUGAGCAGAUCUCCAGCACUCAGAUCCAGGGACAGACCUUUCAGAUCCAGGCAGGCACAGUGUCAUACCUCUAUACAACAGGGCUUACCCCACAGAGUUAAGGAAAAGCUGAAACAUACCUCAUCUGGACUGCUUGUGCUGAUAUUGAUAGCAAUGGAACAAAUUAUUUUUAUAAUUUGACCAAAAAGUGUUUUAAUGAUGGUUUGAUAAUGACAUUACACAAUGUGUUCAGUUUAUACAAGGUGGAUAAGGAUGAAGCCGAAUUCAGCAAAACUCAUGGCAAAUGUGUUGCCACUUCAUUUAAUAAGUGCCUGUGGUACAUUGAUCAGAAAUACAGUGCACAGAUGAGAUAGGAUGCUUAUAUGACCGAUAAAAUAGUUUUAUACCAAGCUUUUGCUCAUAUGUAGGAAUUUAGCUUAAAUUGCAAAAAAAAAUGCAUAUAACAUGAAUUAAUGCAUGAUUUUAUUGUUAUCUAAGGUGCUAGAAUCGGAAUUGUAUAACAUCUUGUUUGUGGUCACCAAAACAGGCACUGCAAGUUCUAUGAAUUACCACCAAUAGAGUUAAACCAGUCCUGUUCAGUUCAGAUGUUCAGUAGAGUUCUACCUCUCACUUAUCUAAUUAACAUCGAGUUUUGGAUGCAUUUCUUUUUUCCAAUGUAAUUUGAUGGAGCUUUAUUUCUAUAAUAAAUUUGUUUCUUGUUCCCUUUA